GAGGGCGUUCCUUCCUAGUUGGCUUUGGCUGGAGUGGGAAUCAGCUGUUAGCAGGCUAGCUAGUCGUCUCAAAUCUGAGCAUUAUACAUUUCUGUGUACGGUGAACGACCAUACCUAGAACAUUUGCUGAGACGGAAUUCGGCAUAUUCUCUGACUGCAAUGCAUCGCAAGAAUAGCUAGAUCAAGUGGACCGGCAUAAAUAGCCAGUUAGCUGACGCCUGGAUUAGCGUUAGCCGGGUCUAGGGCUAGCUAGCAAACUACGUCUGGUUUAUGAAGACCAGAUUUAUGUUUUUUAACGUAUCAGCUGUCUAGCAGCUUCAGCUAGGCUUUUUAAAACCGAGUAUAACGUGUUGCCAUUAACGGUUAAACCGGUGUCCUAGCGUUGCCAGCCUUUGGAUUAGUUUAGUGGUCAAGCCUGUAUCUGGCCGACGUAUCAAUGCGCUACUCGCCAUGCCUUUGCGCACACGCCCUGAAAAAUAUAGGGAUUCAACUGUUCAGUUUGAAUUGUGUGUUGUAGAUAUGAACCCCGAUAUGUGGCUGCUACUCAUGUAUUUAAAAUUGAAUGUGUCAUUUUGAGACCAGACAUCACUGACAGUGGUUCUGUCUGAUGUUAUAGACGAGUGGACUGUUCUUUCAGAUAUCUGGGGUGUAGUCAGUAGUAGGACUUUAGCAAAUUGUUUAAUCAUGGGGGCUACAGUGUCAUGCUGCAUGUCCCCCGGCGGGAGUCCAAAACUUGCAAGGAGAGCAGUCGAGCUCGACGACUACCCAAUAACCACCACUGGCGACGACGUAAGCGAGGACACCGGCACCUAUCUGCAGCACAUCAGCGAUAGAGAGGUCCCGGAUGAAUUGGCGCAGGAGUCCAACCCAUCUGAUAAUGCCAGAGCCAGCACAAUCUUCCUCAACAAGUCUCAGACUGAUGUGCGGGAGAAAAGGAGAAGUAACUACUUAAGUAAUCAUCACACGUCUCCUGGGUUAUCUAAAAAGUACAGCUCCUGCUCCACAAUAUUCCUUGACGAUAGCACGGUCAGCCUGCCCAACCUGAAGAGUACAGUCAAAUGUGUCACGUUGGCGAUAUACUAUCACAUAAAAAACAGUUUAUUGUGUCCAUUCUUCCCCAAGGUGUACCUGGAGCGUCUGCUGACCUACGCUGAGAUGGACAUCUGUCCCUGCAACUGGAAGCGUAUCGUACUGGGAGCCAUCCUGCUGGCGUCCAAGGUGUGGGACGACCAGGCCGUGUGGAACGUAGACUACUGCCAGAUCCUCAAGGACAUCACCGUGGAGGACAUGAAUGAGAUGGAGAGGCACUUCCUGGAGCUGCUUCAGUUCAACAUCAACGUGCCGGCCAGCGUCUACGCCAAGUACUACUUUGACCUGCGCUCCCUGGCCGACGACAACAACCUCAACUUCCCCCUGGAGCCACUUGACAACCAGCGAGCCACUAAACUGGAGGCUAUCUCCAGACUGUGUGAGGACAGAUACAAGGAUCUGGGCAAGGUGACCAUAAGGAGGUCCCUCAGCGCAGACAAUCUGGUGGGUGUCCGAACCACCCACGCCGUGCUGUCCUAAAGCUGGACCUGCUACACACACAGGACAGGCUGAAGAUGCACCGAAGGUCUUCCUAAACUAGACACUCACUGGCACCAUCGACACACACAGCUGGUCCCAGAUCUGUAUGGUGGCAGCUCCACCACUGAUACUUACUCAUACACUCCAGAUCUGCAAGAAGGGUUGGAGUGACUGACACCACACACUGACCAUGGUGACGAAGCCUCUAACUACCCUGUGGUGUAGUUUGGCGCACGGACAGACAGAUGGUGACGUAGGACGGUUUUCUUUGCUUACUGUGUAGGCCCUUUAGCUGGGAAAUGUAUCGGUUUUUAAUUGAACAUAUUUUCAGUUGCUGUUUAUUUCAAAUAAACCGUAAUAAACUAUCAAAUA